UUUUCUCGCAAUUCGUGCUAUAAUAUUUAUGUUUGAGCUUUUUCCCGGGGAAAUUUCGGUGGGAUUUCGGUGGAACCGCCCGCGUUCUUGAUUCCCUUAUAGUGGAGGAAUUUGAGUUUCUUUGGAGAUCUGGUGAAUUUUGUUGUUGUAGUUUGUCUGGAGAUCUGGGGAAUUCUGUUGUUGAUCAUUGUAAAUUGUGCUAGGUCUAGGUUGUUGGGGUACGCUGAGGUAUGGAUUUAGAGGAGUUCUCGAAAUCUAGGUUUGAGGAGAUGGGAGAGGAGAAGGAGAGUGAAACCCUAGAAAAGAUGGCGCCUUUAGGUGGAAUUAAGGUGGAGGUCAGUGGCGACAUGGGUCCCUUGGAACAUAUUAAGAACCAUUCCCCGGUCGAGACCGGGCGUGCUGAUGAUGUUAGGGAGGAGAUAGGAAGUGUAUCUCCUGCUGAAGCAAUUGUAUCGGCUCCCAUGGAUGCAAAAGUGAACGGAGCUGGAGUUCGAAUGGAGAAUAUGGCUGGUUCGCCACUGAGGUCAAUUGUAUCUCCAACUGCAGCUUCUGAGGUGGUGGCGUCAAAGCCAACACCUACGAAGGGGUAUGGAUUAAAGAAAUGGAGGAGGAUAAGGAGAGAUUUGAAUAAGGAUGGAACUACUGGUGCUGAUUCUGCUCAGGUUCUGAAACGCAGGCUUUCGCUCAUGGAGCCUCAAAAGGCUCGUGAUGAGAACAAGCAGAAGUGCGGUGAGGGUUCAAUGGCUUCUGUGGAGUCGAGGAAUGCCCGAGGGGCUCCCCUUGCAGUUGCUGGUGGCACCUUGGAUCCAGAGCUUGGACUGUUGGAGGCUUCUGCUGGCUUCUCUAUCGGCAUGGAUUCCGAGAACAGUGAGGACCGAAGUAGCAAGUCUUCGACGGCUGCAAGUGCUCCAAGGCUGAUGCAUGAAGCAGUUGGAUUCGGGAGGGAGAGGGGCAGGGUGAAAAAUUUUGGUGGGGGAGGAUCAGGGAAUGUUUUACAACAAAGGGGUCAACAGGGGAGAGUAGGUGACUUAGAUAUCAGUAAGAAGUUUAGAGGAGAUCAGGUUAGAAUUGAGAAGGAAAAUUCACAUUCUAGUGUAGAGUCUGACUUGAGAAGCUCUAAUGCAGCUUUUAUGCGGAGGGGCAGCGUGGUUAGAAAUGGAAAGCAGAGUGACGAGUCCAUAAAAUAUGAUCGAGAUCACAGCGAUGAAGCUCAGCCAAGUGAUGAAGUCCGAUCACCUUGCCACAAAGAGGAUGGGGGGAUUGAAGAUUUUUCAAAGGCAGAUUUAGAUGCUGACUUAUUGGCAGAAGAGAAUGUUGAAAAAAGUGAGAGUCACUGGCCACAUCCAAAUCUUGAUCCUUUUUCGGAGUCACUUAUUUUGCUUGAAGCAGCUCAGCAAGCUCUAGAAAGUGAAAUUGAGAAAAUUGGGGAAAUUGGGAAGGAGCCAGGUGUUGAUGACUUUGAUGACAACAAUGAAGCAGAAGAAGGGAGUUGCUCCCCGUCUCCUGAAGCUGAUUCAGUCCAAUUGAAUCAAAAGAUGGAACAUCUUCAAUAUAAACUGGAAGAAGCAGUGGCAACUGUCAAGGUUAGCGAACUGAAGGUGCUUGAACUUGAAGCGAUUCUCAACGGAACUGAGUUGCCAAGCAAGGAAAUAGGGAACGCUGAUCUACCAUUACUUCAAGAGAAGUGCAAGGAGAUGCAGUUUGAUCUUGAGAACCUGCUUCGGAAGAAGAUGGAGGCAGAAAUCGAGUAUCUGAUCAUGACAAGAACUACCCAGAAUUGGAUACUCCAGGCAGAAGAUCACAUUGCUCUCCUUGAGGACCAGAAGUCUCUCGCUGGGGAUCAAACACAUAUUAUGCUUAAUUUGAGAGAUACCGAGAAUAAGGCUAUCACGUUGAAGGAAAAAAUGGAGGAAUUAGAGGCUUACUGCAAAGAGCUGGUAGGGACUGGAGAGGUCUUGAGGGUGCAGAAUAAACUCUUUAAGUCUUCUCUCUGUUGUUUGAUUCAGCUGGUAAUGUUGUCCAUCGCCUUUGGGUUGUUUCUCAUGCAGCUGCUGCCCCCGUCUGAUGGGGUUGUACCCACCUAAAUUCUGGAAAACAACCCAAAGUAGUUUGUGUAAGACGUUAUUAGGCAAAUAUGAAUGUAUAUGCUGCCUUCUUAAUAUUCUUUAGCACUCUUGAGUCAAUAAAUUUGCUAAUUGCAUCA